UCCUCUCCAGACGUUACAGUCCGUGGCAGCAGAGCUCUCAGCCGGAGCAGCUUCAGUCAGCAGCUCCUCCUGUUAAAGACUUCUUCUGUGGGUUUCCAGCAGAGUGACGCUAUGGCUGCAGAGACUGUUACAGGUGAUGUGCAGCCGCUGAAGCGCAGCAAUAGCCAGGACUUCAUUCCUCCUUAUAUGUCUGAGCUUUUGGUUGUUCUUCUGGGGAACAGCUGGUCUGAGAGGAGUUCUGCUGGGAACUUAUUACUGGGAGAGACCAAGUUCAACACUGAGGAAGAACCAGACUUUGUGACAGUCAGAGAACAGAUAAAGGAGAAAGAAAUAGUCCUCAUCAACACUCCAGAUCUGCUGAAUCCAACCAUCUCUGAAGACAAACUAAGAGAACGUGUAGAACUCUGUGUGAGACUCUCUGAUCCUGGACCUCAUGUGUUCCUGCUGGUUCUACAGCCUGAAGACUUCACUGAGGAACACAGAGUGAGGAUCUGCAGAGUCCUGGAACUAUUCAGUGAUCAAUCAUUUGAUCGAUCACUGGUUCUGAUAUCAGCAUCCAGAGAGGAGAGCUCAUUUGAAAAUAAUCUGUCCUUCAGAGACCUGAUCAGAGAGUGCAGAUACAGAUACUUGUUUCAGAAGAACCUGGAACGUUCAGAGCUGCUGACACGUUUGAGCCAAAUCCUAAAAGAGAACAGCAGAGAAGAUCUGAGUGGUGAUGGAUCUGAAGACUCUGGUUUAACCAUGAAACCAACUCUGUCUGACGACGAAUUUCAACAGGAAAGAAUCCAGAAAGAGAAGGAGAACCUCAGGAGGAAACACCUGGAAGAUUUAAAACAAAUCAGAGAACAAAUUGAACUGACAGAGAAGCAGCUGAAGGAAAAGGAUGAAUGCAUCCACAGGGAGCAAGAGUUGAGGAAGAAAGAAGAAAGUCAGAAACAGGAGUGGAGGAGGAAAGCAGAAGCUGCAGAGAACAAGCUUCAAUCAGAGAGAGAGCAAAAGGUGAACGCUGAGAGGAAGCUGGAGCUGAUCACAAAAGAAAUGAAGAAAGAACGAGAGGAAGACGAGAAGAGACGGAAGAAAGAAGAAAGUCAGAAACAGGAGUGGAAGAGGAAAGUGGAAGCUGCAGAGAAUAAGCUUCGGUCAGAGAGAGAGCAGAGGGAGAACGCUGAGAGGAAGCUGGAGCUGACCAGGAGAGAAAUGAAGAAAGAAAUGAAUUGGCAACGAGACGCCUGGGACAAAGAAAGGAAGGAGAUCUAUGAACGAAUGCUUCAGGAGAGCCGAGAGGUUCUGGAGGAGGAGAGGACCAGAAACAGGAAGCUGCUGGAAGAGCUCUACCGGAAGAGGAAGAAAUGGAUGUAUGCUUUGUUUGGUUUGCUUUUUGUUAUUUUCUCAUCUCUGUUUUAUCUGUUCCUGAGCGGUGGCCUCACGUAGUCACAGGCAGCGGUUCAGAGAAAACUCACAUUAAAUCUAAAGACUUCACUGCAGAACUCUGAGUUACAAACUGGAGCCAAAUAUAACUCACAAACUCUCUGACGUGUCAGGACAACAACGCUUUCUUAUGUUAUUGUCUGAAGCAUUUAUUAUGUAAACCCUGACGUUAACAGUGUUUAUGGAAAAUGUUUUUUCUUGGUGAUACUUGGUAACUGUUUGUCUAGAAGCUUUGGGAUAAAUCAUUAGACCACCUACUGUUCUCUUUACAAAGUCCACAAAACAGACCUUCAACUGUCAGAAUUUAGUUUGAAUUUUAGCAAAUUGAUUACAUACUCUCAGCAUUUACUAAACACAUAAAAAUAUAGAAUCAUAAUAAUCUAAGACAUGAAAAAGUCAGUUGUGCAUAAAACUAUGAUGUAUUAAAACUAAAGAUUUCAGAAUUCACAAAAGAUCAACGACAACAUUUUUCAAGUCUCCAUUAUUUUGUGUGGAAGUAAAUCAUGGAUAUUUAAAUGGUAUCUGUCAACUCUUACAUUAAUAUAUCAAAUACUUUCUGAGAUUAUUUUUAAUUUCAAAUCUGCCUGCAGACCCCUUAAAGCAGGUUUUUUUUCUCACAUUAAAUUUGAGGCUGAUUGAAUGACGACAUCUCAGAAACUAUUAAAGAUAAAAACCUGAAAUUUUCUGUUAUUUCUCAUCACGUCACUGAUUCAGAAUCUGGAAUAAAAAGGAGAUCAACUGGUGACAUUUUCUGAACCACAUGUAGCUGCAGGUCACAAUAAUACAAAACUUAACGUAGAAUAGUUUUAAUAUGAAAUAUUUAGUCACAAAAAUGAAAAGAACAACAUUUUCUUUGACCUUUCCUCACUGAUUGAGCAGGUUUAACAAGUUGUAGCACAAAAACAGAAACACUGGUGGACAAAAGUGCAAAGUGGGGUUUGAAACUGACAAUAUGAGCAGAUUAAAAACUGUUUUGCUAGUCCUAUUUUAAGAUAAGAUAAGAUAAUCCUUUAUUACUCCUCGUGCCCAGGGAAAUUUCCAAAGAACCACAUUUUUCACUUUAACACAUUUCAUAUUAUGAAGUUUUCUAUGUGUUUAGUUUGUACUACUGUGACAUGACAGAUAUGGUUCAGAAAAUAUCACCAGUUGAUUUCUGGAUCAUCAGUUUUUGUUGUUAAUAUGAGCUGAAAGAUUUUUUUCAUGACGGCUUUAACCGAUAAGCACAGAAUCAUCCAUAAGAUAAAAUAAGUCGUUAACAAUCCAACAGCAGUGAAAGGAGACAGAGAAAACAUGUAAGGACAUCAUUUAACAUGUAAAUAAAAAGAAACACACAUAAAUACUGUUGUACUGAACAGAUUAUUCCAUUUGUAGAAAUUGUGAUAUUGCACAGAGUCUGGAUCAGAAAAUGUUUCAACAGAUCAUUCUGUAAAAACAAUAAUUUAUCAAAACUAUCUUUAAACCUACAAAACAUUCAUAACAGCUUUAAAAGCCAAACAUUUUCAGUUGUUUCUCAUGUGUGUGUGUGGAUAUAUAUUUAUGUGUGCUUCACAGCAGAUUAAGUCAAUAUAUUGUUCUAUUUGAAGCUAACGUUUAGCUUUGACUCCCUGUAGCCUCCAUUAGCUAAUAUGUCUUCAGCUCACUGACAAGAAAAAUUAUUUGUCAAAAGAUUGUUGCUCCCACAUGGUGAGUUUGAUCCACAGAUUUAGUUUCAUGCUCAUAAGUCAGUUAUAAUUAUUAAAAAUUAAUAUUCAGCGUCUCUGUUGGCUAACAGCCGUCAGCUAAGAUAGCUAGCGUUAGCUAGC